AUGCGUAAUCGAUUGUCUGCCAGUGUGUCUUCGGACACAGAGAGACAAACCAGCAAUGAGUUUUACAUGUUCAAUGAUGUCGUUCGCUCUCUCUCAUGGUCGAAUGUCACAUUGACCGUCGAGGAUCGUUCGACCAAGCAACCGAGAGACCUCAUCAGCCGUGUCAAUGGACGUGUCCAAGCUGGAGAAAUCCUUGCCCUCAUGGGCCCAUCUGGUAGUGGCAAGACAACACUUCUCAACAUUCUCGCAGGCCGCAACAAAAGUAGCCAUGGCACUGCUGCAGUUAAUGAUGCUUCUAUACAAGCCUCGGUUUACAAAAAGCUCACGUCUUUCGUUGAACAGGAGGAUGCUCUUGUUGGUUCUCUGACUGUACGUGAGACACUAGAAUUUGCAGCACGUCUGGCCCUCCCUAGAUCUGUUUUGAAGGCUGAAAAGGGCACCAGAGUCCAAAAUCUGAUUGACAGUUUCGGCCUCAAGAAGCAAGCCGACACACUCAUUGGUACGCCCAUACGCAAGGGCAUCAGUGGUGGCCAAAAGAGGCGUGUCAGUGUUGCCAGUCAACUGAUCACCGCCCCCAAAAUUCUCUUCCUUGACGAACCCACCAGUGGUCUUGACUCGGUGGCUAGCUUCGAAGUCAUUUCUCUGUUGAAGAAGUAUGCUCAGCAACACCAGCUCAUUGUGGUAGCCAGCAUUCACCAGCCAUCGGCCGCCACUUUCCAGCUAUUCGACAAACUGCUGCUACUAUCCCAAGGCCAGACAUGCUACUUCGGAGCCGUUUCAGGCGUAGCGCCAUACUUCGCCCGACUCGGCAUGCCCGUUCCCGAUCUGAUGAAUCCCUCUGAGCACAUUCUCGACCUCACGAACACCGACUUCGAGUCUGAAGAUGAAGAGGGAGGCACUGCCUCUCAGCGUCUUGUUACCAUCCAAUCUGCUUGGAAAGAGCAAGGCAACAGCGACGAUGUUGGAACGCCAAUUCUUGAGAAGAGUGAUGUCUUCCCUGAUGUUCAAGGACUUGGUUUGGCUCAUGACCUGGGCAUACCCGUCACCCUUCUACACCGUCUCUACCUCAAGUCAUAUCGUGAUAUCGUCACCUACUGGAUCCGUGUUGCUAUGUACAUGGGCCUUGCGGUCAUGAUGGGCACUGUCUGGCUGCAAUUGAGCACCAUUCAAAAGGACAUCCAAUCUUUCGUCAACGCUCUCUUCUUUGGUUCGGCUUUCUUGAGCUUCAUGGCUGUUGCCUAUGUGCCUGCCUUCCUUGAGGAUAGAUCCAUAUUCGUCAAGGAGCGAGCCAACGGUCUCUACGGUCCUUUGUCAUUCGUGGUAUCCAACUUUCUCAUCGGCCUGCCCUUCCUCUUCCUGAUCUCUAUCCUGUUCGCCACGGUCACUUACUGGCUCAUCGGCUUUCGUCCCGAUGCUACUGCCUUCUUUGUGCACGUCAUGUGGUUGUUCUUGGACCUGGUCGCGGCCGAGAGCCUGGUUGUUCUCGUCUCGUCUCUCUUCCCCAACUUCAUCAUCGCUCUUGCCCUCGUGGCUUUCGCCAAUGGCCUUUGGAUGUCCGUAGGUGGCUUUCUCGUGCCUACUGGCAGUCUCAAUGUGUUCUGGCGCUACGUCUUCCACUACAUUGACUACCAGGCCUAUGUCUUCCGCGGCAUGAUGGUCAACGAGUUCGAUGGUCGCACCUACCGCUGUGCUGGCAAUGUUGUCACUGGGUGUUCGUGCGCGUACGAGAGUGAGCUCUCGGGUCAGUGCAAGAUAGAUGGCAAGGCUGUGCUGCAGUACUAUGAUUAUCCCACUGGUCAGCUGGGCAAGACUGUCGGCAUCAUGAUCGGCAUCAUUGUUGUUUAUCGUGUGCUCGGAUACUUGGCUCUCUAUUUCAGAAAGUAA